CCACGUGGAGAAAGCAGAGGAACGCCUCUUUUUCAGUUCUUCGCUCUGUGAAAAUACAAAACCAGCUGGACUGUCCUAGCGCAACAUCAAAUAAUAAUUCUAGCAAAAUGCGGAUGAUUUAUCAGAGCUAGUCAUGAACUGGCUCUAAUCUAAAAGUGGCAGCUUUUGCUACCUUCGCGGUGCCGGCGAAGAAGGAAAGCCUGCUAUUUCAGAAAUCAGCCUCGAAAGCACUCAUCAGCCUCAAGGACGACGACCCAGACGUUGAGAUGGGCACCCGUCGCCGCGGCAAGUGGGACGAUGAGCGGCACGUGUCCUCGGAGCCCCUGCUUCCCCCCUCGGACCCUGAGGAGGCGCGCAGCGAUACUGGCAACAUCGCCCUUUUAUUCCUGCUCUACCUGCUUCAGGGUAUUCCCUUAGGCCUGACAGCCGCCGUGCCCAUGAUCCUGCUGAACAGGGGCGCGUCCUACAAGCAGCAGGCCGAGUUCAGCUUCGUCUACUGGCCCUUCAGCCUCAAGCUGCUGUGGGCGCCCAUCGUGGACUCGCGCUUCGUUGCCCGCUUUGGCCGCAGGAAGUCUUGGCUCAUUCCCACCCAAUACCUGCUCGCCCUCUUCAUGCUCUUCCUCUCCACCUGUGUUGAUUCUCUGCUAGGCGAAGGAAGUCCAAACGUGCCUCUGAUAACUGCCGUUUUCUUUUGUCUCAACUUCUUGGCUGCGACCCAAGACAUAGCUGUAGACGGAUGGGCACUAACAAUGCUGAAGAGAUCAAACGUGGGACACGCAUCCACGUGCAACAGUGUUGGACAAACCGCAGGCUACCUCCUUGGCUACGUUCUCUUCAUGGCCUUGGAAUCUGCUGAUUUCUGCAAUUCAUACCUGAGAUCGCAGCCAGAACCGCAUGGAAUUGUCACGUUAGCAGGAUUCUUAUACAAUUGGGGCAUUGUGUUCUUGGUGACUACCACAUUUGUCGCCAUUUUCAAGACUGAAAAGAAGAGGGAUGGAGAGGUAGAGCACGACAUGGACCUGGUCGAGUCGUACAAACUGCUGUGGAGCAUUAUCAAGCUGCCGAGCAUUCGAACAACAAUUUGCAUUCUUCUCACCUGCAGGAUCGGGUUUGCCGCGUGCGACGCAGUGACAGGUCUGAAGCUGGUCGAGCGGGGCGUGCCUCAGGAAAAGUUGGCGCUCAUAGCGGUACCUUUAGUACCUCUGCAAAUGAUUUUGCCCCUACUUGUAAGCAAGUACACGGCUGGGCCAAGACCGAUGGAUGUUUACCUCAAAGCCAUUCCCUACAGAUUAAUCAUGGGUCUGGUGACUGCGUUCAUGGUGUGGAUAACGCCGUUCUUCACAAAAGACGGUCCAGCACCUUUUUACUACUACGUGGGCGUGGUGCUGGUGUACGCGUGUCACCAGGUGACUGUGUACAGCAUGUUUGUGGCUGUGAUGGCUUUCUUCGCACAGGUCAGCGACCCUGCCGUUGGGGGCACGUACAUGACUCUUUUGAACACGUUGUCCAACCUCGGCAGCAACUGGCCCUCCACUGUCGCUCUCUGGGGCGUCGACUCACUCACGUGGCGCACCUGCCAAAACGGCACAUUUGCUGGAGAGAGCUGCGUCGGCAAAGAACUUAAAAAGCAGUGUGAAGACAGCGGAGGUGUGUGCAAAACUGAAAUUGACGGCUUUUAUAUUGAAAGUUUUGUUUGUGUGGUGAUGGGGGUGCUUUGGCUGUCUUUGUGGGGCAAGAGGACAAUAAAAAAGGUCCAAGGUCUCGAAAAGACUGCUUGGCAGGUGGUACCGAAGAAAGCUGCUAAGUCUUAAAACACACACUGUACCUAAUACAAAGAAGUGUUCAGUGGGAUUCUUCUUCUGCACAACAAUUAACAUAGAAAAAAAUCAACUUUUGCAUUAUUUGUGUGCAUUCAUUGUUUUCCGCGUCAAGCCUUUUAUAUGGCUUUAAUUUAUAUUUGUAUUGUUUUCUCACUGCGACAGUGUUACUUUUAUUGUGUUGAGAACGUGAGACAUUCAUUCCGAAGUUAAAUUAUAUACACCGAAGUCCCUCCUGUGAUUUGUUGCAAAGUAUAAUAAAAAUGUGGUUGAUCACAAACAAUCAA